GGUGCGGCAGAGAGCCCGGGGAGGGGAAUGGAUUUUUAUCCUGUCUCAGUAAGAGAAAUUUGACUUUUAACAUAUGCUCCAGUGGGACACGCAAUGCUUGUGUGGUACCGGAAAGGAUCUCUAGCCUUAGGGGCACUGGUUUUUGUGUGGAUAGUUACUGGAUUUGACAUGAAUGGAAGAUCCGUGUGGAUAAAAGACCCUAAUUUAAGUCCUGUGAAUGAAACUCAGAUGUUUCUGUACGACACCUUCCCCCCAGAGUUCCUCUGGGGCGUAGGGACUAGUGCUUUCCAAGUGGAGGGCAGCCAGCGGAAGGAUGGAAAGGGACCCUCAAUAUGGGAGUACUUCAUCCAGUCACCUCUCCGAGCUGGUUCCAUGACAGAUGAUGACUCCAGCGACAGCUACACUUUCCUGGAAAAAGAUUUGUCAGCUCUGGAUUUUUUGGGAGUUUCCUCUUACCAGUUUUCAAUUUCAUGGCCAAGGCUCUUUCCCACAGGGGUGGUAACAGCUGUCAAUGAGAAAGGGCUCCAUUACUACAACAGACUCCUCAAUUCUCUCCUUCACAGACGGAUUGAGCCUGUAGUCACCCUUUACCACUGGGAUUUACCUUUGACGCUGCAAGAGGAAUAUGGAGGCUGGAAAAAUGAAUCCCUCAUUGAUAUAUUCAGUGACUUUGCUAUGUUUUGCUUCAAAGCCUUCGGGGAUCGAGUUAAAUACUGGAUUACAGUCCACAAUCCUUACCUAGUUGCUUGGCAAGGGUAUGGCACAGGUAUCCAUGCUCCAGGGGAGAGGCAGGAAGGAGCAGCUGUCUACACUGUAGGACAUAACCUGAUCAAGGCUCAUGCCAGAGUCUGGCAUCAGUACAACAAGUAUUUCCGGCCACAUCAGAAAGGGUUUUUGUCGAUAACGCUGGGAUCCUACUGGAUUGAACCGAACCACUCCAAAGAUGCUUCCGACAUCACCAAAUGCCAGCAGUCCAUGCAGGCCACAUUAGGGUGGUUUGCCAAGCCGAUCCACGGAGAUGGAGAUUAUCCUGAAGAACUGAAAAGCAAAUUCGCCUCCAUCUUGCCCAAUUUUACCAAGGCAGAGAAAAAUCAUAUUAGAGGGACUGCUGAUUUCUUUGCUUUUUCCUUUGGCCCUAAUAAUUUUAUACCACAGAACAUGCUACCCAAAAUGGGUCAAAAUUUCUCACUUAACCUAAGGGAAGCGCUGAAGUGGAUUAAACUGGAAUAUCACAGUCCCAGGAUCCUGAUUGCCGAAAACGGGUGGUUCACCAAGAGCAGCGUCAAGACAGAAGACACCACAGUUAUCUACAUAAUGAAGGGUUUUAUUAAUAAAGUCUUACAAGCUAUUAAGUAUGAUAAGAUAGAUGUAUUUGGUUACACGGCUUGGUCCCUUUUGGAUGGAUUUGAAUGGCAACACGCUUACAGCAUCAGGCGAGGAUUGUUUUACGUUGAUUUCAACAGUAAGGAAAAAGAGCGGAUUCCUAAGUCCUCUGCAUUGUAUUACAAGCAAAUAAUACAGGAAAACGGCUUUCCUAUGAAGGAGUCCACCCUGUCUUUCCAGAGUCGAUUUCCCUGCGAUUUCUUUUGGGGUAUGGCAGAGUCUGUUAUUAAGGCUGAAUCUGCCGCCUCGUCUCCCCAGUUCCGCGAUCCCAACCUGUAUCUCUGGAACGUGACUGGAGACGGGCUCUUCCGCCAGGUGAAAGGAGUGCAACUGAAAACCCGUCCCGCUCAGUGUACCGAUUUUGUCAGCAUUAAAAAACAACUUGAGCUGCUGUCAAAAACAAAAAUCACCCAUUAUAGAUUUGCGCUCAGUUGGUCACUGAUUCUACCCACUGGAGAGUUAUCAUCUAUAAACAGGCAAGUCCUUCGAUAUUAUCGAUGUAUGGUUAGCGAGAUGAUCAAACUCCGCAUCAGUCCUGUGGUCACCUUAUACUAUCCCACCCACCGCUCUCUGGGUUUGCCUGGGCCUCUGCUUCAGAACGGGGGAUGGCUCAACCAGUCCACCAUCCAGGCUUUCAGAAACUAUGCAGAAGUGUGUUUUCAGAAGCUUGGGGACUUAGUUAAGUUCUGGAUCACAAUAAAUGAGCCCAAUCGACUCAGUGAUAUUUAUAACAACAGUAGCAACGAUACUUACCAAGCAGCUCACAAUUUGCUCAUAGCACAUGCCUUGGCUUGGCAUGUCUACGAUGAGAAAUAUCGGUCCUUUCAAAGAGGUCAGGUGUCCCUCUCUCUGCAUUCUGACUGGGCCGAACCCGCCAAUUCCUUCAUUGACACACACCGGAAAGCUGCCGAAAGAUUUCUUCAGUUUGAAAUUGCUUGGUUUUCUGAUCCAAUUUUUAAGACAGGUGACUACCCAGUUGCCAUGAGAGAAUACCUCAGGCAUAAAAACAGCAAAGGCCUUUCUCGAUCUGCUUUGCCACAUUUCACAAGUGAAGAAAAGAAACUUAUAAAAGGUGCUGCUGAUUUUUAUGCCCUGAAUCACUUCACUACAAGAUUUGUGAUCCACGAGGCUAAAAAUGGAAGUCGGUACGAAUUCGAUCGGGACGUUGCAUUUCUGCAAGACUUCACCUACCUAAACUCCCCCUCGCGCUCGGCAGUAGUGCCGGAGGGGUUACGCAAAACUCUAAACUGGAUUAAAAAGCGCUAUGGAAACACAGAUGUUUACGUGACAGCAAGUGGGAUAGAUGACCAUUCCUUAAAUAACGAUGAACUUCGAAAAUACUACAUCGAAAAAUAUGUACAAGAAGCCUUAAAAGCGCACCACAUUGACAAAGUCAAGAUUAGAGGCUAUUUUGCAUUUAAACUGACCGAUGAAAAAGCGAAACCCAGAUUUGGAUUCUUCACUUCUGACUCCAAAGCCAAACCUGCUGUCCAAUUCUACAACCGUGUGAUCAGCAGCAACGGCUUUCCCCUGGAGCCUUCGGAAAACGUGUGCGAUUCGCCAAUGGAGAAAGCACCGUGCGCUCUCUGCCUGUCCCUAACCCUGAAAGGGCCACUGAUAUUCUUUGGCUGCUGCCUUUUCUCCACUUUCCUUUUGCUGAUGAGCAUCAUCCUUUUCCACAAAAGAAAGAGAAGGAAAUGGUACUGGGCAAAAAACUCCCAACCCGUCUGUACUCCUGUUAAAACCAGGUACAAGAAUGUUCUCAACCAGAUGUAAGGCCAUGUUUUUACUGCAUGCACGUCAGCAAGAAUGAGACGAUUAAAUGGAAGCACUCCAAGUUACGUAUGCCAAGGUGGUUUUUGCAGAAUAGCUUAAUGCAGUCAGAACAUCCACAGAGGUUCGUUCGGGAUGGUAAUCCUGAAUUCGUUUAUGUUUAUCCAGGCAGGGCAUCCCAGAGUAUUUAGCUACAAGUCCCAGUUAACCUUUUAGAAUUCCCCUUGCCAAGUUUGGAACAAUGGCCAUUCUACCCUGUAAUAUGAAAAUGGCCCUGAAUGGUGUUCAGUCAUCCCGGGUCUCUGUGUUUUUAAUUUUCUUCAGCCCUGGAUUAACCCUUUGAGCAUGUAAAUGAACCAAACUGAUGCAAAUUUAAUGGCGGUCAUGUCAGGGUAUCUCAAGAUGUGAGCAAGCUUUUAAGGCAGAUGUAUGUUAAAGAAAAAGGCACUAGGUUUCAAUAGAAUUAAUUUAUUUUUUUAAUUAUAACUUAAGAAGUCAUGUCCUUAUGCAACUUGAUAAGAUUGCUUAACUAGUUUGACUUGAAAAGGACAUUAAGCUGUGAGAAUCUAUGCACUUUCAUAGGUCUGGAGAAACCCAGGCUGCCUCCGGCUUUUCAGGCCUCAGGCAGCAAAAGAAAGGGUUUGAAUUUUACCUAAUUGUGAGCCCCCCUAUGAGCUUGUGGCCCAGGGGUACAGUAUGGACUUGGAGCAGAAGUAUGAAGUCACCUCAAUUGACAAUUACCAGGAGGAGGAAUGGGGGGGGGGGACUCGGGGCAGAGACGUCGUAGAUCCAUUUGGCAGCUAAAUGGAGAUGCUGGAAGAUUGAAGGUAAGAAUGGAUGGCCCGGGCCAAGAUUACGGGGAAAAAUUAAAUACCUGCAAAUAGGAGAGAGGAAAUUUGUUGAUGUAAAAGUAUACUGCCAAGGCACAAACAUAUU